CAUCUUUUUUUUCCCUCUCUCUCUCUCUCUACUGCCUUAGCUUCUUCUUCUUCUUCCCGAGAGAGUGAGCCAAAAUCCAGAGGCCCAUCCAUGGAGGAAUCUGCAACAAUGCAGAGCAGUAGUGUGAACACACAACAAACAAAUCUGGAAGAAACGACGCCGUCCCAUGACCACGCACCCAAAUCAACAAAAGGCGGCCUCCUCACCAUGCCCUUCAUCAUAGCGAACGAGUCGUUCGAGAAAGUGGCGAGUUACGGACUACUGCCCAACAUGAUUCUGUACCUAAUGAAGGAUUACAAUUUGGGAUUCGCCAAAGGAAACAACGUCCUCUUCUUCUGGUCGGCCGCCACCAAUUUCAUGCCCCUCCUCGGCGCUUUCCUCGCCGAUUCUUAUCUCGGCCGCUUCCUCACCAUCGGAUUCGGCUCUAUUGCCAGUUUCCUGGGCAUGGCGCUGCUAUGGCUGACGGCGAUGGUUCCGGCGACGAAGCCACCCGCCUGCGACCCACUCCACCCACUAACCUGCCGGUCUCCGAGCGCCGGCCAAAUGACCCUUCUGGUGGCCGCCUUCGGGCUAAUGUCGGUCGGCGCCGGCGGCGUCCGGCCCUGCACGCUGGCGUUCGGCGCCGACCAAAUCGACCGGCGAGAGGAUCCCAACAACAAGAGAAUUCUGGAGAGAUUCUUCGGGUGGUACUACGCGUCGGCUUCGUUCUCCGUUUUAAUCGCCUUGACCGGAAUCGUGUACAUUCAGGACCAUCUCGGCUGGAAAAUCGGAUUCGGAGUUCCGGCGAGCCUCAUGCUUUUCGCCACCGUCCUGUUCUUCGCCGCUUCUCCGAUCUACGUGAAACAGAGGGCCACCAAGAGCUUGUUCAGUAGCUUCGUACAGGUGGCGGUGGCGGCGUUUAAGAACCGGAAGUUGCCGCUCCCGCCGCCGGCGUCGGAUAAAUGGUUCUACCAUAAGGAUUCUUAUCUCACUCAACCGUCUGAAAAGCUCAGGUUUCUGAACAAGGCGUGCGUGGUGAAGAACGCAGAGGAAGACAUUUUGGCGGACGGCAGAGCUUCAGAUCCAUGGAGUCUGUGCACAGUGGAGCAAGUGGAAGAACUGAAAACCCUAAUAAAAGUGAUUCCGAUCUGGUCCACCGGCGUGAUGAUGUCCAUUAACGUCAGCCAAAGCUCGUUCCCUCUGCUCCAAGCCAAAUCCAUGGACCGCCGCAUCUCCUCUGCCUCCUCCUUCCAGAUCCCCGCUGGCUCCUUCGGCACCUUCGUCAUCAUCACCAUCGUCCUCUGGGUCAUCCUCUACGACCGCGCCAUUCUCCCUCUCGCCUCCAAGAUCAGGGGCAAACCCGUUCACUUCGGCGUCAAGUCUCGGAUGGGCGCCGGCCUCCUCUGCUCCUUCCUCGCCAUGGCCCUCUCCGCCGUCGUCGAGAACGUCCGCCGCCGGAAGGCCAUCCAACAGGGCCUCCUCGACGAUCCCAACGCCGUCGUCGACAUUUCGGCUCUCUGGCUCGUCCCGCAGCACUGCUUGAGCGGAUUGGCCGAAGCCCUAAACGCCAUCGGCCAGACCGAGUUCUAUUACUCCGAAUUCCCCAAGACGAUGUCCAGUGUGGCUUCUUCUCUGUUCGGAUUGGGGAUGGCGGUGGCCAAUUUGUUGGCCAGUGCGAUCUUGAGCGCGGUGGAUGAGGUCACCUCCAAAGGGGGGAAACAGAGCUGGGUUUCCAAGAACAUAAACAGAGCCCAUUUCGAGAAUUACUAUUGGAUUCUUGCGAUUCUGAGCGGCGUCAACAUCUUGUAUUUUGUGGUGUGUAGCUGGGCGUAUGGGCCGUGUGUGGACCAGCGGAGAACCGCCAUGGAUGACGGCAAAAUCAGCUCCAACGAGGAGGAAUUGUCGAUGUUGGAAGCUAGGGUUAAGGAAGAAGAAGGGAAGAUGGUAGAGUUGCAGAGGCCGAAGGAAUUGCAGGUUUGAACAUGGCGUUUUGUGUGUACUGUAUAUAUUGUGUUCUUUUGUGGUCACUGUUUCAUCAAACUGCCAAAAAGGCAUAAUCAUAUUCAUAUAUAAUAUAAUCUUAAGUUUGGAUUUCCAUUCUAUU